GGUAGGUGGAGUUUCCCCUCUCCCCCUGUCCGCAGACCUGAGUUUGGUCACAGCAGUCGGGUGUCGCCUCUCUCCGGUCUCCCUGCUGGUAACCCCAACGAUCCCGCUCCCGCUUCCUCAGCUACACCACACAUCUGCCACUUUUACGCAAGUUUCUAAACCAACAGAUAGAAGAUUUGCAACACAAAUCAUCAAAACCCUCCAAUGGAUCAGCACAAGUAUCGCACCGCGGGCGUCCAGGAGAAGCUGGAGAUCAUCGGGGUGGAGGAUGAGGCUGGAAACCCCAUCAGCGGCCUCACCAUCCUGUCGCUGCUGGAGCGCGUGGCUGGCAUCAUCGACAACGUCCAGUCCUGCCAGCAGCGCAUGGAGGAGCGUCAGCUAGAGCUGGAGAACAACAUCAAGAGCAUCCAGGGCGACGUCCUGAAGCUGGCCAAGGACCACACCGACACCAGCGGCACGGUGGAAAAGCUCCUGCAGAAGACCCGCAAAGUCAGCGCCAACGUCAAAGAGGUGCGGACGCGUGUGGAGAAGCAAAACGUGCGAGUCAAGAAGGUUGAAUCUACACAGGACGAGCUGCUGACCCGCAACAAGUUCCGGGUCGUCAUCUAUCAG